CCCUUCCUGCGGUUCCUCUUCUGUGGAUGGUCACUAUCCACUUCUUCCCCCACAAGAAGCUUCCUGUUGGAGCUUCCUUCCAGGACAGACAGACACGCCUAGAAGCCAGACCGUUCGGUGGCGGGCCCGGCCCCCGGGGACCCCAGAGAUGCUGCUGCCGUUGCUGCUGCCGCUGCUGUGGGCAGGGUCCCUGCAGGAGAAUCCCGGGUACAAGCUGCAGGUGCAGAAGUCCGUGACGGUGCAGGAGGGCCUGUGUGUCCGUGUUCCCUGCACCGUCUCCUACUCCGGGGUUCGCAGGAGCCCCUCUGCACCUGUUUAUGGCUCCUGGUUCCGGAAAACCUAUAACCCCAAAGGGGAUGUUCUCAUGGCCACAAACAAGCCUGCCAAGGGCGCAAAGAGGAAGAACAGAUUUUCAUUUCACCUCGCCGGAGACCCUGGGGACAGGGACUGCUCCCUGAACAUCACAGACGCCCAGAAGGGAGACAGUGGAAAGUAUUAUUUUCAACUGGACACAGGUUCCACGAGACGCAGUUACCAAAGUGACCUGCUCACUGUGACUGUAAGAGCGCUGACACAGACCCCGGAUAUCCGUAUCGAGGAGCCCCUGGCGUCUGGCUCUCCCAGCCACCUCACAUGCUCUGUGCCCGGGGUCUGUGAUGGGGUGACCCCCCUCACCCUCUCCUGGACGGGAGCUGCGCUCGGACCUCUGGGACUGGACCUGGAGGCCUAUAACUCCUCGGAGAUCCUGCUCACCCCCCGUCCGCAGGACCACGGCACCAACCUCACCUGUCAUGUGACCUUCCCCAGGGCUGGUGUGAGCACGCAAAGCACCAUUACGCUCAACGUCUCCUAUGCUCCACAGAACUUGACCAUCGGCAUCUCCCGAGGAAAUUGCACAGAACUGAAAUACCCGGGGAAUGGCUCAUCUCUUCCAGUCCUGGAAGGGGAAUCUGUGCUCCUGGUCUGUGUCGCCGACAGCAACCCUCCGGCCACACUCAGCUGGGCCCAGGGGGGCCGGACUCUGAGCCCGUCCCAGCCUUGGAAGCCCGGGGUCCUGGAGCUGCCCCGAGUGGAGUCGGGCCACGAAGGCGAAUUCACCUGCCGAGCUCAGCACGCUCGGGGCUCCCAGCACGUCUCCCUGCGUCUCUCUGUGGUCUGCCCCCCGCGGCUGCUCGGCCCCUCCUGCUCCUGGGAGGGCGAGGGGCUGGGCUGCACCUGCUCCGCCCGAGCCCGGCCGGCCCCCACCCUGCGCUGGAGGCUGGGGGAGGGGCUGUUGGAGGGGAACCACAGCGACGCCUCCUUGACCGUCACCUCCAGCUCCGAGGGGCCCUGGGCCAACAGCUCCCUGAGCCUCAGGGGGCCGCUGCGCUCCGACCUCAGACUCGGCUGCGAGGCCCGGAAUGAGCACGGGGCCCAGAGCACCGCCGUCCUGGUGUUGCUGCCAGCGCAGCCUCUGCUUGGGGGAGGAUUCGUUCUGGGGGCUGCCGGGGGUGCUGGUGUCGCUGGCCUGCUCGGUCUCUGUCCUUGCCUCAUCUUCUUCAUAGUGAAGACCCGCAGGAAGCAGGCCCCAGAGACAGCAGCUGGUGGCAAGGAAGCUGCCUGCAUGUUGGGUCCCAUCUCCUGGGGUUACCAGCAUGAGGAUCGGUCAAGCACCCCCCUAGACCACCCGCCCCCAGCCAUGGCCGCUCCCUCCUCGGAGGAGGAAAAGGAGCCCUACUACGCUUCUCUCACCUUCCAUGGGCUGAAGCCCUGGAACCUUCCGGACCCGGAGGCCACCAGCACCACCGAGUAUUCAGAGAUCAAGAUCUGCAAGUGACGCCUCCAGCCAGCUCCUGCAACCGCUGGCUAGAAGGCUCAGGGCUUCUCAGGAAGGGACACCUCCGGGACAAUUCCUGAGUGAAUAGUUUUCCACAGAAACGGGUCGCCAACCGGUGUGGUGUGUUGGCAUCCACCUGUGUGGGGAUGGGCAGAGCUGGGCUCACAUUAC